GUCAGCCGGCGAACCAGUCAGCGAGAGAGGGAAAGUGUGUGAGGUGCAGAGUCUGUGCUUGUGUGUGUGUGUGUGUGUGUGUGUGUGUAUGUGUGUGUGUGUAUGUGUGUGUGCAUGUGUGUGUUUUACACACAGAGAGAGAGGAGAAGCCAGGCAGCCGGUGCAGUGUUUUUAAAGUGAACGAUACAUACUACUCCGCUCCUCUUGCCUCUCUUUGGACUAUACCACUAACAGGGACUCACCCUUUGGACUAUCCCGACUCUUCCUCCUCCUCUUGAAGGGAACACCUGUGUGUGUGUGCGCGCGUGUGUGUGUGUGUGUGUGAGCCAAGACAACGGACUUAGCCCCGGCGAACAGGGAACAGUGGAUGACUUCAGCGGAUGAGGGUUUGGCUGGUGGAAAGAGGGGCACUGCUGACCAUGGACCCCCCUCACUUGUAAACGGGGGUGGUGAAGAGGUGCAGCUUUGUCCGGUCAUCAUGUGCACACGGGCCUAUCCUGACUCCGUCCCCGAGUGCCAGCUUUUCCCGGGAGAGGUGGAGGAACCUGAGGAGGAGGCAGCAGACGAGGGCAGGGAGAAGGAAUCAGACAGAGACAGUGCAGUGGAAAGCACCCAAGGGUCAGACACCUCCGACGGGCCGAUUAGACCUGGAGACAAGGGAGACAUUCUCGGGGAUCUCUUUUUCUCUGGGGUGAAGGUUGCCCAGACCAGCGCCUCCGUGACUUCUGACUUAUCGACACGUUCCUCGGCUUCUCUGAACGAGGAGCAGUUUGAGGACUACGGAGAAGGGGACGAACCGGACUACACUCCCAGCAGCCCCUGCCCGGACGACGAGACUCGAACCAACGGGUACUCCGACCUCGGAUCAUCUGUUCCCUCUAGUGCGGGCCAGACUCCUCGUAAGGUGCGUCAGCAUUACACCGGUGAACUGAUGGAUGUCUACUGUUCUCAGUGCAGUAAAAAGGUCAACCUGCUAAAUGACCUGGAGGUUCGCCUCAAAAACCUCAAGGCUAACAGCCCCAACAGGAAAAUCUCCAGCACGGCUUUUGGAAGGCAGCUGCUUCACAACAGCAACUUGAGCAGCAGUAACGGCAGCACGGAAGACCUUUUCCGAGAUAGCAUCGACUCCUGCGACAUCGACAUCAAUGAGAAGGUGAGCUCUCUGGAGAAGAAGGUGGCAGAACUCGAGAAUGAGAUUCUAAUGAGCGGUGAUCUCAAGUCCAAGUUGAAGCAGGAGAGCACACAACUAGUACACAGGGUUAAUGAGCUGGAGGAGCAGCUGAAGGACCAGGAGACGCGAUCAGAACAGAGUCUGCAGGAGGAGCUAAGACGACACCGGGAGUCCUACAGCAAGAUGGAGAGAGACAAGAACACACAGAUAGAGCUGCUGACCAACCGAGUUAAGCAGGUGGAGGAGGAGAACAGUGACAUGGCUUUUAGCAUGUGUCGGCUCAAAUCGCAGUCUGAGAAACUGGAUGAGGAGAAGCAAAGGAUGACAGACAAGCUGGAGGACACCAGUUUGCGCCUGAAGGAUGAGAUGGACCUCUACAGGAAAAUGAUGGACAAACUAAGACAGAACAGACUCCAGUUCCAUAAAGAAAAGGAAGCCAUGCAGGAGGUGAUAGAGGACCUGCGUCGAGAGCUGGAGCAUUUGCAGCUCUUCAAGCUGGAGGCAGAGAAGCCUGGCCGCAGUCGCAGCUCGUCCUCUGGGCUGGCAGACUUCAACAGCAGGACCAGGGAGAUGGAGCUCGAGCACGAGGUCAAGCGGCUCAAGCAGCGAUUUGUGUCCCAGGACUUUCUUCCCGCUGAAUUCCAGCACCUGCUGUUGUCUGGAGCUCGGCUCCGUCCUGGUCUGAUGGAGAACCAGAAGCUGAGGGAGCAGAACGAUGAUCUUAACGGUCAAAUCCUCAGCCUGAGCCUAUAUGAAGCCAAGACCCUGUUCGCCACGCAGACCAAGGCCCAGUCUCUAGCUGCCGAGAUAGAAAAUGCCUCCAGAGACCAGUUAAUGGAAGCCCUGAAGGAACAGGAAGAAAUCAACAUACGUCUGCGACAGUACAUGGACAAAAUCAUCCUGUCCAUCCUGGACCACAACCCCUCCAUCCUGGAGAUCAAAGGCGACUAGCAGUGACUCAACUGGAAUGAGAAUCGUUCCCAGUCUCAGGAGAAUGAGGACCAUUCCAGUUGUUUGAUCAGAACCUGCAGCCCGAGUCAGGAAUCUGUACAGGAAAACAGAGACAAGCAGAGCCAGUCUUAGAAACUGGAACAUAUAAAUAAACACGCAUCGCCCCCUGCUGUUUGUGGUGGGAAGAACUUCUGGAAAGGGAUUCUGCGCUAAAGGGAGUUUUCUCAACUGCAGGUCAUACUACUGUGACACUUCAACUUGAUCUAUCCUGCUCAGUUUGUAUUCGCUGUCUAUGCUGUGAACUGUAGUUACUGUCACAACUUUGAUCUCAUACGACAAAACAGGAAUACCCUGCGCUCAACAUGCUUUGAGGAUCAACAAAGUCGCUCGACCUAGUGCACUGGACAUUUGUAUCUUGACAUGGAACAAUGUAACAAACCUGAUGUGGGUUCUACUGUAUCCUGGUGUAAUAUUAGCUGCAUUAUCCACAGAUGGACAGUUUGGUAUGAUGUUUUAGGAAAUGACAGUGAGGCAGACGAACAAGUUGGCAAGCAGACUGUAAACCCGACCCUCAGAGGCAUGAAGGCAGACCGGUCAAGUGUUGCCUGAUCUGUAAGCUGCCCAUCUUUUCUCCUCUGUCAUGUAGGUGUUGGACAAGCAAGUUUUAAGAAAGGAUUGAGAAAAGUGUCAAAAGUGGUCAGAGAAAGAAAACAUAAAAAAAACCUAUAAGUACAGGGGACACAGAAGAUUUAAAGUAAAGCAUCUCUUCCCCUUUUAGGAAGCGGGGCGUCAGAUGAUGGACCAUGUAUGCAAGCAAAUUAGGGUUUUAGUGAAGUCGGUGAUGGUUAAUUGAAGGUGAAUUUGUUUAUUCUUGUCUUCCAGUAACCUUGCAACAGUACUUGCAGUGUCAAUCAGUCCAAUAGUGAAUCUCUUUCACUGAGAAGUGGCCCUUAGCUGGUUCAGAUGAGUAGUCGAGUGUCACUUUAUGGAGUAGAAGCUGCAACCAAGGAGUGUCUUUAAACUGUAACUUCCAUGGCUGCUAUUUGCUAGCAACGCUUUGGCUUGAGAAGGUACAUUGUUGCUAGCAAUAGUCCCAAUGAUGUUGCGCUGAAAUGUAAGGAUAUGAAUGUACAGGGUGUGUGUUGAAUUUACGUGGAAGUGACUGGUAGCCAUUGUAACAUGGUUUACUGAAUCAUCUCUCUAUGCUCAGUGAAAUCAACUCGGAUAUUGUACAUGAGCAUGCACAGGGGACUCACUUUUUGGUACAAAUAAACUGGAUUAGCAUUCUCAUUAAAGCCUACAGGUUGCAGAUUGUUUUUAAAGCCCUCUGAAACUCUAAUACUGUAAAUAUCAUCAAUGUACAAUGGGAUAUUUCACUUUCUUUAAGGCCAAAAAGGCUUUUUAAACCUUAACUUAGCUGUAAUUGGUUAGGAUACGUUGUAACACACACGUACAGUAUUCAGUACUGUAAUGAAGAGGGCAUUGUUCGGAGAUGGGAAACAAUUUCAAUCUGCUGUAUUAUGUAAUUCUUCUAAACUUGAGUUUUGCUUCAUUGCACAAAAAAAAACAUUUUUUUCCCUCUUGCAUGGUUCACCUUUUCUUCUGUCUGUGCCUUUUGAGGACAUUUUACAAGACGACAUGCUAUAGAUUUACAUAGUUUUUUGAAGGUACAUUCUAUGUCUAUGUCUGACAUAUUUUCUUGAUUUGUAAAUGUUGUAAUUAUAUAGUGAUACUUUGUAUUCAUGUGCCACUCACCACUCUUUUUCAGAUUGAUACUAUGAAAACCAUUUUAUACAGUUUUAUCACAAGAGAACUUGUGAUUGCUUAGGUGUCCUAUUAGUAAAGCAGUAUAGCACAAUGCUUGGUAUGGUACGCAGGUUAGCAUUUUGGGAAUAUUUAGAUUUUUUAAUACAGUGAGAGAUGUUUUUUUUCAUUUCUCAGUUUUUUUGGUAGUCACGGUAAAUCCAUUGCUUUUCAAUCUGCUUUAAACUGGCUUUUUAUAGGGUUAUAAACUGUCUUCCUAACUUAAACUAAAUGAUGAGAAUUAUGAGCAAUAUUAACUUAUUUACGGAUACCUGCGGAUUGUGUCUUGUUUUGCUUCACAAAUCUUUUCACUCUAUAGCUGCCAUUCUAGAUUUUAUAAAAAAUUCAACAGUACAUUAAGCUGUAAAUUUUGUCACAAAUUUACCAUUUCUAGUAGCUCUAAAUUUUGAAUCUUUAGGGCUAUCCAAUGUGAUGUAGUCACUAUAAACGGCAAUAAAAAUGGCUUUGGCGUUGAUGCUGUCUCAUGAAAUGUCUUAUUUUUAAUUACAUUUAUUUCUCUUCAUUUAUAUAAUUUCUAAAACAAGAAUUUAUUCUAUGCCUACAGUGUAUGCUGCUGAUGUCUUAGUUUCCAUUGUGUUGUAUAUUGUGCUGUAAAUAAAAUCAUUUGAGCUGACAAUAAAUAACCCAUUUUAUCCAGUUA